CUGUCUCAGCCUCUUGAGUAGCUGGAAUUACAGGUGCACGCUGCCACACCUGGCUAAUUUUUGCGUAUUUCGUAGAGACGGGGUUUCACCAUGUUGGCCAGGCUGGUCUCGAACUCCUGACCUCAAGUGAUCCACUCACCUUGGCCUCCCAAAGUGUGGGGAUGACAGGCGUGAGCCACCACGCCCGGCCCAGAAAACAAAUGUUUUCAACUCAUCUCUUGGGGCGUGGAUUUUUUUUUUAAUUCAGAUGAAAUUCACAUAACAUCAAUUUACCCAGGUUUAAGUGAACGAUUCGGUGGCAGUAAGUAUAUCCACAGUGCUGUGUGCCUGCCGCCUCUACCUCAUUUCAGGACCCCUGUCACCCCCCAGAGAAACCCUGUACCAUUAGCUCUCCACCCCUCCUCCUGCAGCCCAGCCCUCCUUGGCCUGCCGCAGACCUCUCCCACCUGUCCCCACCAGGUGGCAGCUGCCUGGCCGUCUGGCAUAGGCAGGUGAGGGCGCCAGGCGGCCAGCAGGUUCCUGGGAGCCAGCUGCCACCCAGCAAACAGCCGGGAGGAUAGGGUGUCAGCCGUGGGAGGGGACAGGAGGGGACGGGCCUGCAGCCUGGGGCCCAGGUGGGCCACUGGGGACGUGAGGCACUGGCCGCCCCGCCCCAGCCUGGCACAGCCCUUCAGAUCCUGGCCUUGCCGCACCCACAGUGGGGCCUCCAGUUGGGGCCACGUGGCCAUGAGAAUGACCAGCUAGGCUUCCCUGGAGGCCGGGCCUCCCUGGACUGGGCCAGGUGCUUCCUGCCAGCAAAGAUGAGUAAUGUCUCAGGGAUCCUGGAGACAGCCGGCGUCCCCCUGGUGUCAGCGAACUGGCCGCAGCCCAGCCCCCCACCGGCCGUGCCAGCUGGGCCGCAGAUGGACCACAUGGGGAACAGCUCCCAGGGGGCCCCCUGGCUCUUCCUCACCUCCGCACUGGCCCGAGGCGUCUCGGGGAUCUUCGUGUGGACUGCCCUGGUGCUCACCUGCCACCAGAUCUAUCUGCACCUGCGCUCCUACACCGUGCCACAGGAGCAACGUUACAUCAUCCGCCUGCUCCUCAUCGUGCCCAUCUACGCCUUCGACUCCUGGCUCAGCCUCCUCCUCCUGGGAGACCACCAGUACUACGUCUACUUCGACUCCGUGCGGGACUGCUACGAAGCCUUUGUCAUUUACAGCUUCCUGAGCCUGUGUUUCCAGUACCUGGGAGGCGAGGGCGCCAUCAUGGCUGAGAUUCGUGGAAAGCCCAUCAAGUCCAGCUGCUUGUACGGCACCUGCUGCCUCCGGGGCAUGACCUACUCCAUCGGGUUCCUGCGCUUCUGUAAGCAGGCCACUCUGCAGUUCUGCCUGGUGAAGCCCGUCAUGGCCGUCACCACCAUCAUCCUCCAGGCAUUUGGCAAAUACCACGACGGGGACUUCAAUGUCCGCAGCGGCUACCUCUAUGUGACCCUCAUCUACAACGCCUCCGUCAGCCUCGCCCUCUACGCCCUGUUCCUCUUCUACUUCACCACCAGGGAGCUCCUGCGGCCCUUCCAGCCCGUCCUCAAGUUCCUCACCAUCAAAGCCGUCAUCUUCCUGUCGUUCUGGCAAGGGCUGCUGCUGGCCGUCCUGGAGCGGUGCGGGGUCAUCCCGGAGGUGGAGAUCAGCGGCGGGAACAAGCUGGGGGCUGGCACGCUGGCCGCCGGCUACCAGAACUUCAUCAUCUGCGUGGAGAUGCUGUUCGCCUCCGUGGCCUUGCGUUAUGCCUUCCCCUGCCAGGUGUACGCAGAGAAGGAGAAUUCACCAGCCCCCCCGGCACCCAUGCAGAGCAUCUCCAGCGGCAUCAGGGAGACAGUGAGCCCCCAGGACAUCGUGCAGGACGCCAUCCACAACUUCUCCCCCGCCUACCAGCACUACACGCAGCAGGCCACGCACGAGGCGCCCAGGCCCGGCACCCACCACGGCGGCGGCUCCGGCGGGAGCAGGAAGAGCCGGAGCCUGGAGAAGCGGAUGCUGAUCCCCUCGGAGGACCUGUAGGGGGGCCUGGGCUGCCAGUGCUGUAGGGACCCAGGCUGCCCAGGCCUCUGGGGAAGAACAGGGUCCCCCCACCCACCAACUCCUGCCAAAGGUGGGGCUUCUCCUGAGAGCCCACCUGUGAGGCCCUCGGAGCCCACUUCCCAUCCUCCCUCCAGCCAGGGGGUCAGGGCACCUGAUGGCCCUGGCAGGCACCCAGAUGGGCCCGCCACCACAGGAGAGGGCACCUGAGCCAAUCGGAAGAGGCUGGGGACCCCCUGGGAUCACCCGGCCAUCAGCCCCAGGGGCCACUGUGGGGUGGAGAGUGAGUGUGGCUGCGGGGCCUUGGCUGCACAGGCCCCACGGGAGCUGUGAGUGGGUCAGACUCCCUGGUUCAGGAGACAGACAGCGGACGGAUCCCAGGCUGGGCAGCUGGAGGGAGGGGCGCCGGGGUGCUGGGCAGCCGGGCUCUGACAUAGUCAGCAGCUCCGGGCGCCGCAGGCCGGCGGGGUCCACACAGGCUGGCCGGGGCUGGGCCUCCUCGGAGCCUGCUACGGCCCUCGUGGGCACGUGGAGAAGGGCCCACGUGUCUCCACAUGCCAGCCACAGGGGAGCCCUGGCCAGGCGCCCACCCAGGGGAGCGUGUGCCUGGGAUGGGUUGCGGAACCACCGGGCAGCUGUGAGGCUGGCCAGCACCGUGGGGCUGUGGGAAUCGCUCUUAUUUAUAUUUAAACACCUUGGAUUUUC